AUUGGUGAAGAGAAGCAGAGAAAAGAAACUGGUAUUUCCUUGUCUGUUAUUUAAAAAAAAUUUCAGUAACAAAGAAACCGGUAAGAGCUGUGUUCUUUUGUCACAACUGAUCUGAAGUACAUUGGGGAUACAUCGAAGAUAUAUUGAUCGUUGUGUUUCAAUUCUUCUACAUUCUGCCGGAAAUGUUGCGUAUCCAGAUACCGUUGCUUCUCAUCUGCUUUUUAUCGACAGUAUUAUCUGAGAAUUGUGAGGACAACAAUAAAGAACUAUGUACAUCUAAAAAUGAUGAGCAACAAUCUUUGAAAUCUGCAACUUCUGUUUAUGAUUUUCAUGCGCUCGAUAUCUAUGGAAAUGAUGUAGACUUGAACAAAUACCGUGGUCAUGUAUUAAUAAUUGUUAAUGUUGCUAGCAACUGUGGAUUAACGGAUACCAAUUAUAAACAACUCGUGCAAUUAUAUGAGAAGUAUGGAAAUUCUGCAGGAUUGAGAAUUCUUGCGUUUCCGUCUAAUCAAUUUGGUGGUCAAGAACCAGGAACUUCUCAAGAAAUUCUUAACUUUGUUAAAAAAUAUAAUGUUACUUUUGACAUGUUUAACAAAGUAGAUGUCAAUGGGAAUAAUGCUCAUCCUUUGUGGAAAUGGCUGACUGAGCUGGGUGGAGAUAAAGGGGGAACCAUUAAAUGGAAUUUCACCAAAUUUAUCGUUGAUAAAGAAGGCAAUGUUGUAGCCAGAUUUGCUCCUAAUAAUGAACCAUUAGAAAUGGAACCUAUUUUAAAAGAAUAUUUGUAAAUCUUAUUAUAUGAUAAAUUUAUGUUUAAUUAUGUGGGAUAUAUAAAUAUCAAACUAUCAUAUAGUGUGAUAUAGCUUUAUAAUUCAGAAAUCUUUUUCUUUCCAUGACAUACAUAAAUAUAUAAUAAAGCAGCAUAUUAUAGAUAUAA